GAGAACUAACUCAUGAACGCUAACCUUUUGGUAGCCAGGAACAAGCGGACAACUCAUGUUAUCCCAGACCCGCUGUGUUAGCCUAUUAGCAAGUUAGCACAUUAACCUAUUAGCAUAUUAGCCUGUUAGCCCUUAUUUUGAAGAAACAAGACCAAAUCCUUUCACCUGCACCACAGAAUGAGUGAACAUCACCGAACCCUGAGCAUUUUCAGCAUUUUCUACAGCAACUAACACAAUGUUCCCUGCACAAGUUCAACAGUUGGUUCUGAUUAAAGUAAAAUCUCCUGACGAGUGGAGGCCUGAUGUGGACCAGCAGGACCCGGGGUUACUCAACAUAAAAGAGGAAGAUGAUGAACCCUGGACCAGUCUGGAGGAAGGGGAUCAACUCAGUGUGAAAGAGGAAACUGAUGUCCCCAUAUUUCCAGUCACUCCAUUUCCUUUGAAAAUUGAGGAUGAUGAAGAGAAGCCUUCAUUCUCACACCUUCAUCAGCACCAAGUAGAAGACAAAAGUAUUCCAACCAGUAGCUCAGCUGAUGGAGAGAAUUGUGGAGGAGAAACUCCACUGAACCCAAAUCUAAAGACACGCAAAGAUGAUUCCAUUUCUUCAGAAACUGAAGUCAGUGAGGAUGAUGAGGACUUGUCAGAUUCCGGACCAAAUGUUGAAGACACUAACAAAGACUGGAAGGAGAGCAGAUUUCCUGAUUCUGGUAUAGAUACUGUCAACAAAUAUUUGAGCUGCUCUGUGCGCAGAGACCAGUUGAUCAACAACCAGUCUUUUCAGAGUCAAAUGACAUGUCAUUCAGACGUAAGGCCUUCAAGCUGUUUAUUUAAUAAGAAAUGCGUUGAAAUGAAAAAAAAUGUGGAGUCACACGGAAAAGUGCGGACAAAACCAAGAUUUAGUUGUGAUAACUGUGAAAAAAGUUUUGCUUACAAGUCACAAAUAAAUAGACACAUGAGAACCCACACUGGAGAUAAACCAUUUCCCUGUGAUGUUUGUGCGGAAACGUUUAGGCAAAAGGCACAUUUAAAGUCACACAUGAAAAUCCAUACUGAAGAAAAAACAUUUCCUUGUGAUGAUUGUGGCCAAAGAUUUACCCGAAUAAUACAAUUAAAAAGACACAUGAAAAUCCACACAGGUGACAAACCAUUUGUUUGUGGUGUUUGUGGACAAAGAUGUAUCCAAAUGUCUCAUUUAACCAUACACUUGAGGAUUCACACCGGAGACAAACCCUUUCAUUGUGAUGUUUGUGGACAAAGAUUUAACAAAAAGGUAGCUUUAUACACACACACAAGAAUUCACACAGGAGACAAACCGUUUCUGUGUGAUGUUUGUGGGAAAAAAUUUAAUGAAAAGUCAUCUUUAAUCAAACACAUAAGAGUUCACACGGGAGACAAACCGUUUAUGUGUGAUGUUUGUGGAAAAAAAUUUCACGACAAGGCAUCUUUAAACAAACACGCAAAAUUUCACACUGGAGUCAGAUCGUUUCUUUGUGAUGUUUGUGGACGAAAAUUCAGCACAAAGUCAAAUUUAAAAAGUCACAAGAGAUUCCACACAAGAGACCAGCCGUUUUCAUGCGACAUUUGUGGACGAAAAUUUAGCAAUAAAUCAAAUUUAAACAAACACAUAAGAAUUCACACUGGAGACAAACCGUUUAUUUGUGAUGUUUGUGGAAAGAAUUUUCACGAAAAGGCAUCUUUGAACAAACACACAGGAUAA